AUGACCCACGAUGUCAGUUCCUGUCUCUGGUUGGACGAUUUCGGCUGUCAAUCACUGAGCUCUGCUUAUAUCCCGCCCCCACUUUUCCCAUCCUCAUAUGGUCACUCUCCUCAGACCACGCCCCCACCGUACCUCUCCUCAACACCUGGAUGGAGCAGUUACUCCUCCCCCUCUGCUGAUUGGGUGUCACCUGUCAGUCUGUCAUGGCCGCAGCCAGAACAGCGCGAGUGUGUGAGCUGUGAGACCAACAGUGCCCCCCUGUGGAGAAGAGACGCCACUGGUCGUCACCUGUGUAACACCUGCAGCGUCCAACAGGAAGUCAGCAACAGACCCCUGCUGAGACCCAAGAGAAGAAGUUCGGUGACUCAGCAAAGAGAGAGUCAGUGUGUGAACUGUGACACAGAAACUACGACACUGUGGAGGAGAAACUCUGCAGGACAACCAGUGUGUAACGCCUGUGGACUGUACUACAAACUGCACCAGGUCAACAGGCCUCUGACGAUGAAAAAAGACAGAAUCCAAACCAGGAACCGCAGAGUGACCAAUAAGAACAAGAGGAGAGGUGGCCAAUCAGAGCCUGAGAUGUCCAGGCUGGUCCCUCCCCCUGUGGAUGCCUCGUGUCAAUCAUCCCUCUCAUGGCUGCUGAACCUGAGCUGAUGUUUUAAUAAAGUUUUCUUCAUCUCAGAGACGAUUAGAACACAA